GCUCACUCAGUGAGGACACCGGGGGACCAGCUAGAAGGGAGGGAGGCAACUCCAGAACCCUCGCUAACAGUGACGCUUAGACGCUACCCUGCCAGAGCAGCAGCCAGCUGAAGUUGCUGUCUUCCUCUCUCACACACACAGCCCCCUGGCUCCACCACCUUCCUCGGGAAAGGACACUAUGAGCACUGAAAACAUGAUCCGGGACGUGGAGCUGGCUGAGGGGCAGCUCUCCAAGAAGACAGAGGCCUCCCAAGGUCCCAAGCGCUGCCUGUGUCUCAGCCUCUUCUCCUUCUUGCUUGUGGCGGGAGCCACCACGCUCUUCUGCCUGCUGCACUUCGGGGUGAUCGGCCCUCAGGGCGAAGAGCAGUUCCCAAACAACCUCCAUCUAGUCAACCCUCUGGCCCAGACCCUCAGAUCAGCUUCUCGCACCCCGAGUGACAAGCCCGUAGCACACGUAGUAGCAAACCCACAAAAGGAGGGCCAGCUUGAGUGGCUGAACCAGCGUGCUAACGCCCUCCUGGCCAAUGGCCUGAAGCUGAUAGACAACCAGCUGGUGGUGCCCAGGGAUGGGCUCUACCUCGUCUACUCCCAGGUGCUCUUCAAGGGUCAAGCCUGCCCUUCCUACUUGCUCCUUACUCACACGGUCAGCCGCUUUGCUGUCUCCUACCCGAACAAGGUCAACCUCCUCUCUGCCAUCAAGAGCCCCUGCCAGAAGGAGACCCCCGAAGGGACUGAGCCCAUGGCCUGGUAUGAGCCCAUCUACCAGGGUGGAGUCUUCCAGCUGGAGAAGGGAGACCGACUCAGCACCGAAGUCAAUAUGCCCGACUAUCUUGACCUGGCCGAGUCAGGGCAGGUGUACUUUGGCAUCAUUGCCUUGUGAGGGGACUGGCCGUGCACCCCUCCCCUGCCCCCUCACUCCACCCUUUCACUAUUGGCUCGUUCAGUCCUUCUGA